AGCUAGAUGAAAUCCGUGGCAGACCGCCCCAUCCUGGGUGAAGAAGUUCCCGUGAGAAGGCAGUAAAGCUGGAUAUCUGCAGUCAAGGUGGUCCACUUGCAAGUGAUGAAGUUGAGGAAGUUGACAAUGACAAAAUGGACAAUGGCAUCGAGGAUGAUGAAGUCAAAGUCGACGAGGAUGACAAUGACAACAACGACGAAGAGGUCCGCAAUGACGAAGUCCAUGAAGUUGACGAUGAAGAUGAUGAAGUCAAUGAAGAAGACAAUGGCAAAGUCAAGGAGGAAACUGACAAUGAUGAUGAAUACCAUGAUGAUGACGAAGUCUGCGAAGUUGAUGACAACAAAGAUGAGGAUGACAACAAAGAAGAUGAGGAUGAUGAAGACAACAAUGGUGAAGAAUUUACUAGGACGAUGAAAUCCAUAAGAACAAUGAUGAUGAUGAUGAUGAAGUUGAGGAUGCUGAGGUCCAUGACAACAAUGUUGAUGACAACGAAUCCAUGA